UUAACGCUAAUUAGAGAGAUAAAUGGAGUUAAUUAGAAGAAGAAAAGCACCCGAAAAUGAAAUUCAUCAGCAUGACAUAACAGACGAUGAAGAUGAUAAGAAAAUUAAGAAUAGUAACGUUAGAACCAAGCAGAAAUGGUCAUGUAUUGAUAGUUGUUGUUGGUUUGUAGGAUGCAUAUGCACUGUGUGGUGGAUUUUGUUAUUUUCAUACAAUGCAAUGCCAGCGUCUUUUCCUCAGUACGUAACAGAGGCGAUUAAUGGGCCAGUAGCUGAUCCCCCUGGUGUUAAGUUACGAAAAGAAGGAUUAAUGGCUAAACAUCCAGUAGUUUUUGUUCCUGGAAUUGUUACUUGUGGCCUUGAGUUAUGGGAAGGACAUCAAUGUGCUGACGGAUUGUUUCGAAAACGGCUCUGGGGUGGCACUUUUGGAGAAGUAUACAAAAGACCAUUGUGCUGGGUGGAACACAUGUCAUUGGACAAUGAAUCUGGAUUGGAUCCUCCAGGUAUUAGGAUUAGGCCAGUUGCUGGACUUGUUGCUGCUGAUUACUUUGCACCUGGAUAUUUUGUCUGGGCAGUUUUGAUUGCUAAUUUGGCGCAAAUAGGAUAUGAGGAGAAAACAAUGUAUAUGGCUGCAUAUGACUGGAGGCUUUCAUUUCAGAAUACUGAGGUGCGCGACCAGACGCUAAGUCAUAUAAAAAGCAAAAUAGAACUGAUGGUUGCAGCUAAUAAAGGCAAUAAGGCAGUCAUUGUUCCACAUUCUAUGGGGGCUAUAUACUUUCUGCAUUUUAUGAAAUGGGUGGAGACACCGGCUCCGAUGGGUGGUGGGGGUGGUCCUGAUUGGUGUGCCAAGCAUAUUAAAGCAGUGAUGAAUAUUGGCGGGCCAUUUCUUGGUGUUCCUAAAGCACUAGCUUCGCUUUUCUCAGCAGAAGCGCGGGAUAUUGCUGUUGCCAGGGCUAUAGCACCGGCUGUUAUGGACAAGGAUUUAUUUCGUAUUCAAACACUACCGCACUUAAUGAAGAUGCUGCGAACAUGGGAUUCAACCAUGUCUAUGAUACCAAAAGGAGGAGAGACGAUUUGGGGUGGUAUUGACUGGUCACCUGAAGAAGGCUAUUCUCCUUGCAAAAGAAAGCUACGAGACAACAAUAAUCAGAUAUCAAGUCGUAAUGACAAUCAAACGAUAGAAUCUAAAGGAAAAUAUAUUAAUUAUGGAAGGAUGAUAGCAUUUGGAAAGGAUGCAGCACAGAGACAUUCCUCAGAUCUUAAGAGGAUCGACUUCAGAGGUGCAGUGAAGGGCACAAACGUUGCAAAUAACACAUGCGAUGUGUGGACCGAAUACUAUGACAUGGGUGUUGCUGGUAUCAAAGCAGUGGAAGAAUACAAGGUUUAUACAGCUGGUGAUAUUUUGGAUUUGCUCAACUUUGUUGCCCCAAAAAUGAUGGCUCGCGGAGAUGCUCAAUUUUCAUAUGGGAUAGCUGAAGAUUUGGAUGAUCCGAAGUUUUCACACUACAAAUACUGGUCAAAUCCAUUGGAAACAAAGUUACCAAAUGCUCCUGACAUGGAGAUUUAUUCAAUGUAUGGAGUCGGCAUUCCAACUGAAAGAGCAUAUGUUUACAAGCAGACACCAAUAGCACAAUGUCAUAUUCCAUUCCAGAUUGAUACUUCAGCUGAUGAAGGAAAUGAAGGUUGCUUGAAGAAUGGUGUUUUCACUGUUGAUGGCGAUGAGACGGUACCUAUUUUAAGUGCUGGCUUUAUGUGUGCAAAAGGAUGGCGCGGGAAAACUAGGUUUAAUCCUUCAGGGAUCAAGACUUAUUUAAGAGAGUAUGAUCAUGCUCCACCUGCUAAUCUUCUUGAGGGCCGUGGUACUCAGAGCGGUGCACAUGUUGAUAUAAUGGGAAAUUUUGCUUUGAUUGAAGAUAUUAUGAGAGUUGCAGCUGGUGCUACUGGCAAAGAUUUGGGAGGUGAUCAAGUUCACUCAGAUAUAUUUAAAUGGUCUGAGAAGAUCAAUUUACGUCUUUAGGGAACUUUGGUUACGCUGCUUUCUCUUAUAUGGUGACUUAACGACUAGAGUAUCACGUUCAUAUCUAAGUCAUAGUAAUGGUGAUCAUUCUUUUGUUUUGAGGUUCGUCGUGUCAAAAUGCCUGCUUCAUGUAUAAUCAUGAAUUGAUUGAUACGCGUUCAUCUGGAGGCCACACGAACCUCUCCUGUCAAUUAUAUCACUUGAAAAGAUACUCUAUGCUUUAUAGAAUCAUUGGAAACUCUGGAACUAUUGCUGACGAUUGGAGAACCUAGCAAUUGCUUUCGUUUAUUUGAUUAAGUAGAUUAAAUUGUUCACAGAUAGAAUGCAGGAUGCGUUAUGUAUCGCGCAGUGUAAUUUAUCAAAGUUGAAACUUGUUACCCUAAUCAGGAACAAGGAAGUAGACCACCAGCAGGGAUAGAGUUGAUAUUGUACCAUCAUAGCUUUUCAAAAGUUUGGCAUUUUAAUUUUGUUGUAACAUGAACUUGUGGAAUACCUGCUCCAGUGCUCAGUGAAUGAGCAGCUUUUUAGUGAUGGCUUUUGUUCCUUA